AUGAGCCUGGACGCGCCGUCUGCUGGCCUUUCAGACGUUACGCUUCCACUUCACGCCCCGCCAGACGCGCCAGAAGCGCGUGCCGCCAAACGACCUCGACUCGACUCUCCCUCAACUGAUGAGGGUGCACGAGCGGUGACACCGCGACAGGAGGAGCUCUUUCGGACAGACGGCCCUGCCAGAGCGCACGACACGGCGGUGGCAGCGGCGGUUCAGGCCAACGGUGCGGGAGAAGCAGUCAAAGGGCCAGGACGACCAGACUACUCCCUCCGCUUCACGAUUGAAGGGCACAAGAAGUCGAUUUCGGCAGUCAGAUUCAGUCCAGAUGGUCGUUGGAUGGCGUCUGCAUCCGCCGACUCGCCUAUACACCUGCAUUCCCUCCCUUCUUUCAGCCUCCAUCGUACCUUCAGCCUGCAUACAGGCGGUGUAUCAGACGUCGCCUUCUCCGCUGACUCGACCCUCCUCGCUUCCGCCUCAGACGACCGCAGCGUGCGGAUAUGGGAGAUCACGCCGCACAUCCUCCAGCCCUCGACGGGUCCAGAUCCGAGCGCAGAGAAGGGCGAGCGAUCUGCGCGAGUACUGCAGGGUCACUUGACCGCGGUCUUCUGCGUCGCGUGGAGUCCACGGGGAGAUUUGGUCGCGAGCGGCGGGAUGGACGAGACGGUGCGGGUAUGGGAUGUGCAGAAGGGUCGGAUGUUGCGGGUUUUGCAGGCGCACUCGGAUCCGGUCAGCGCGAUGCAGUUCAGUCGAGACGGAACGAUGAUCGUCUCGUGCUCCUGGGACGGCUACUUCCGCAUCUGGGACACCUCGACCGGACAAUGCCUCAAGACGCUCGUCAACGAAGAUAACGCGCCCAUCGCCUCGGUCCGCUUCACGCCCAACUCGAAGUUCCUCUUCACCUCGACACUCGACUCGACCAUCCGGCUGUGGGACUAUCAGGCGGACAAGGUGGUCAAAGCCUACACGGGUCACGUCAACCGCAAAUACUGCAUCCCAGCGGUCGUGACCGCCGACGGACGAUACCUGGUCGCCGGCUCGGAGGACCAUAAGGUCGUGGUUUGGGACAUCCAGACGCGCGAGAUCGUCAAUUCUUGGAUCGCGCACAAAGAUGUGGUCAUGGCUGUCGCUCACCACCCAACUCAAGGCAUCCUAGCGACAGGCGCGCUCGAGAAGGACCCUGUCAUCAAGAUCUGGAUGACUCCCGCCGCCCUCUCCGCUCAAGAACCGCCAGCCGCCGUCAGCUCGCCUCAGCAGAACGGCGCGCUUCCACCAGCGCCGCCAGAAGAGCCUGAGGGACCUGCUGCAGCGGCGAACGGCGCACCAGAUCCAGCAGCAGAGGCAGCGACAGUAGACGCAGGAGAAGCAGCGAUGCAAGUAGAUGCUUGA